CCGCCACAUUUCCUGUUUGUAACCGAAAAAAACACAAGACAGUAAAAAUAGAAGCAGAUAUGGUGCACCUCACGAACAACACGCAUAGGAGGCAAAGCUAAAGCUUCAGUUGAUGUUGAUGACAGUUGAUGAUCAGAAGAUCCACAAUGGAUAAUGGUUGCGUCGUGGGACUGGCAAUAAUGCCUAUAGCACUGUUAAUAUCUGUAUGUUUAAACAUUUUUCUCUUUUACCUGAAAAGAAAAGAUGGACAAAGCAGAGACAUUGAGGUGCCGUUGUACCGAGAUUCUUUUCAUAGUGACAGGUUUGAGGACGAUGAACGACAAAAUCAAGACAAUCCAAUAUAUGGAAACAUCUUUUUAGAUGGAGUUGGAGGAUCCAUGUCAUUGCCUGAAUAUGGGAACAAUGUACGAAUGACAAAAAAAGGCACAAGACUCGAUGGAAAGUUUGACCCAGAAGAUGUUUCUUAUGCAUCCUUGGAUUUAAGACUCGCUCAGAAGCAUAAGAAAAAGAAGAGACACCAGGAAAGACAGAAUCAAGCACAUAAGGUCCAGACUCAUGCUGCUCCUGGUCGGCAGGUGAGGCGCAUUGAGAGGGGAACAGACUGUGACAGUACUCUGCCUUCACGGACCAGCAGCCUCAUUGUGUCUCGCAGCAGCAUUUACCUCAACAGCCAUCAAGUAGCACUGGAGACGGAGGAGCUACAGAGGGAGAGAGAACGAGAAAAGGAGAGAGAGCUAGAAUGGAAAAGUAAUCAGGAGUGGGAGAUGGUGAAGAAAUUUCAUGGCAACUUUGAUCACAGUCUGGACUCAUCAGAGCCAAGUCAUGAUCAAGGCAGCUAAAGACCAAAGCAAAUGCAAAGAGUACAUUAGUGCAAAGAAAUCUGACUUACCAAGUUAAAUUUGGCACAGUUCAUUCCAAUAACUUAUUUUACCAUAAUUCACCAGCACGUGAAGACAAAUAUUGCUACCUGUAAGUGUGUAAAAUGAUGAACUUUUGUGCUUCUGCAGGUAGUAUGAGCUCUGGAAUCAGAUUGCACAACAGUCUGCCACCGCAGGCAACAGGAGGAUAUUGAGCAACAUUGUUUACUUAUAUUGUUGAAACACCUUUAAAUGUUUUCCAUAAAGAAACUGAUUACAGAAAAUACAACAUAGUUUUUUUUCUAUGUAUAUGGAAACAUCCAUUGUCCCUAAUCAGUUCUGAGCUAAAUCUGUAACAGGGUGUUUAAAAAUAAAAAAAAUUAAAAACUGCAACAUGCAAAGAGUUGCAGAGCAUGAAUGUUAUUUGUAAUAGGUAAUAACUACUUUUACAUUUAACUCACUAGGCAAGCUUGUCACUCUAUGCAUGUUGGAAAUUCGUUGUUUGUGAUGAUAAAAAAUGAUACAACUUUAAAAAGUGUCUGCUUUUGUACAAGUGUCAUUGAUGCUACAUUUGCAAACUAUAUACAUUAUUAAAUCAUUAACAUAUGCAGCCUGAUCCUACACUGUUAAAAGUAAAGUGCUUC